UCUGUUUUUUUCUCCUCAGUUUCAUCGUGCUCAAUAUUUACCUUGAUUAUUAGUUGCAAUAAUUUGCUUUUAUGUUAGAAUAUGCUAAUUUUAUGGAUAAGCUUUUAACUUCGUUUUUAGUUGCUAAAAAUAAAGUCUGACAGAGGAGAAAUUAUUAUAUAAUCUCGGUCAUUCAUUCGUGGCUUCACUAAUCUUUACAUAACAUAUAGUCGAGUUAUUUAGUUUAUUGAAAAAAAUAAAAAAGUUUAAUAAUACUGAAGUUUAUGUUGCGUCAAAAUUAGUUGAGACAAUAAGAGUUUUUAACUAUGUAAUGGUUUCUGGACUUUGGAUUUAUAAUUUUGCUUCUUUUUAUCUUUUUUGAUGAUUUGGUUACUCCUUUUAUUCGGUGGUUUUUGUUGUUGUAAUGUAUUGUGAAUUUGAAUAAAGUUUUGGAUAGGAAUAGAAUGACAGAGAAAGCUCCACUGUUAUAUGGUUCUUUCAUUUUCAUGUCUUGAAAUAUUCACUAUUGUCUUUUUAUUUUACAAAAGAAAAUUGGUGACACGUGGCCAUGAAAAAAAAGCCGACGUUGCCCUUCAUUUCUUUUUUGAAUUAGUUCAUAUCAGACUUUGAAACAAUUCCAUCUUUUGACUGUUUUUACUUUUCACAAUACUGUUGUCACCCUCAAAAUUAUAAAAAAUUCUGCUUGAACAUGUCUGGUACUGUAUUAAUGUAGAAAGUUUGAAUUUGAAUUUUUUACAAAAUUUUGGUGUAUUGUAGAUUUGUUUCAUGUUUGAUCUUAUAUAAUCCUAUUUGUGAAAACUAAUUCGUGUGCAUUAGUAGAAUUUAGGCUAUAUUUAUUUUAUUCACUUCUUUUUUAUAAUUGACAUGAAGUGUUUGAUUUAAAAACUGAUAUGGUGCAGAAACAUCUGCAAUGAUUAUUUUGUUCAUUUUCUUAAAAAUUGCAGAAUCAACGAACAUUGCUAAUUUUGAAAAAACUGGGGAGCCUAGUCCAUCCGAAACACAUGCAAAACAUAAUGAACAUUCUAGAUCUGGGAAGGUUGUAUCAAGGACACGAAGUGCAUCACUUUCUAUUCCUGUAAUCUCCAUGGAGUCAUAUGAGAGAGAAAUUAGUCUUGUGGGUCAUACUGGUCGACUUCCUAGUGUAAGAAAACCAUCCUUACCCUUGAUGCUUAUGAGUGGGCCACUAUAUGUUACCAAUGGAACUGAAAAUCCUUUGAAGCACACUAUAGUUCUGGAAGGAAACAAAGUAGUGGAGAGCAAGACAGAAAAAUUUUGUAAUCUUAGUGAGAAAGAUGAAAAUCAUUGCAAUAACAACUAUGAUAGAAAGAAUGAACACUUGGUGAGGUCUAGGCUACUCGGAAUAUGUAAUGAUCCUUAUUGUAUUACUUGCCCAACUUACUUCAAGACCUCUAUGCAAAGACUUCCAAAUGAUUCCACUGUGUUUGAUCCCCAGUGCUCUUUAUGGGGAUGCCAAGGGUUUUGGUAGAAAAAGUUCUCUCUUUCUGAUCUUCAUGUGUUCCUGGAGUUAUGAAUCCUCACUCAAAAGUUGUACAACAAUGGAACAAGCUUUUGGCCAUUUUUUGCAUG